AUGUGGGUCGCUGAACAGAUCCGUGUUUCAGUGGCCAAAAACAACCUUCUGUUGCCAAUAGCGGAGUACAGCCUCCGCAUCACGUUGGGAGAAAGAACACCUCGGGAGAACGGAAUGAAAACGAUCUCUCUGUGUCCUAACAUCAUCACUCCGAAUACAAUCCCAGAGUUCUGCAUCCCACCAAUGAUCUCGCCACAGCAGGAGCUAAAGACGGUGGACUGGAGUAAAACUAGCCCUGUUGGAAAGGUGUCCUUUUCACCUGAGAAGGGCAGCAGCCCGGCGAGGGAGGUAGCAGUGAGAGAACCCUUCAUCAACACUCAUCCAACCCUCAUCCAGAUAGAGAGCGUGGAUGAGACUCCAUACGACCAGGGCUUCAGUGAUGAGGAGAGGACCAACGCCGACCCCCAGAGCCAAGCAGCUCUCUCCCUGCCCCACCUGGCCAAGGCCCAGACCUGCUACGGUUUCUGUACCCUCCUGGAGAGCCCCCACACCCGGAGAAAAGAGUCUCUGUUCCACAGCCAUCCCAACGCCUGCCCCCUCCCCCUGAUCGCUGACUCUCCCGGGCCUCGCGGCCGCUCCAAAACCUACUCCUCCAGAACCUCAUCUCUACCCCACUCCCAGUCAUCCUCCUUCAGCCUCACCAAGCUGACCUCCGGCAGGCUGUCUCCGGGAGGCUCCAGGCUGGUGGCUCUCCAGAGACAGAGCACCCUGGACAGUGACACCACCUCCUCCGCCGAGUCUUCCCCCUUCAGCUCCCCUCUCCUGGCCAGGCCGCCUCCCAAGUCCUCCCUGCUCAAAGUCCUGAGCCACGACAGACUGCUGUCCCGCACUAUGAGAAAAGCUGUGCUCUCCAGAAACAACUCUCUGUCCACGGAUGAAGGCAGCUCCACGGACAACAGCCCCAAUAUCAUCCGGAGAGCCUCUGAUGCUGGAUUAGUAGAACCCCUUCCCGGUGCCUUCACCCUGGCUCCCCCUGCCAUCUUCCCCAUAGACCUGGUCCUCCACAGAGAGAGGGUCAUGAAGGAGAGUCUAGCUCCUGUAGGUAGAGAGGGGGCACUACGGCUCUCAGCAGAAUACUGCCUAGACAACCAGAGACUCAGAGUGAGGUUGAUCAGUGCUGAGGGACUGUAUGCUAUCGCUGUGGAUCCUAAGAGCAUCAACUGCACCAUGAGUAUCUGUCUGUUACCGGGGAAGAUUCAGAAGCAACGCAGCGCGGUGAUUAAGAGAAGCAGGAACCCCCUCUUCAACGAGGAUUUCUUCUUCUAUGGUAUCUCACAGGAAGAUAUCUGCUGUCGGUCGCUGCGGUUCAAAGUUGUCAACAAAAUGUCCUCCAUGAAAAGGGACUAUAUUUUGGGAGACUGUGAGAUUUUGCUGAAAAGUUUAUUAUCUAUGUAGAAAUGGUUUAUUUGCUUUUAAUUCUUUUUUUAAAACUAGGCGAGUCAGUUAAAGAACAAAUUCUUACUUUCAAAGAUGGCCUAGGAACUGUGGGUUAACUGCCUGUUCAGGGGCAGAACAACAGAUUUGUACCUUGUCAGCUCAGGGGUUUGAACUUGCAACCUUCCAGUUACUAGUCCAACACUCUAACCACUAGGCUACCUGCUGGUUACUAGUCCAACACUCUAACCACUAGGCUACCUGCUGGUUACUAGUCCAACACUCUAACCACUAGACUACGCUGCUGGUUACUAGCCCAACACUCUAACCACUAGACUACCUGCUGGUUACUAGUCCAACACUCUAACCACUAGACUACCUGAUGGUUACUAGUCCAACACUCUAACCACUAGACUACCUGCUGGUUACUAGUCCAACACUCUAACCACUAGACUACCUGCUGGUUACUAGUCCAACACUCUAACCACUAGGCUACCUGCUGGUUACUAGUCCAACACUCUAACCACUAGGCUACCUGCUGGUUACUAGUCCAACACUCUAACCACUAGACUAUCUGCCGGUUACUAGUCCAUCACUCUAACCGCUAGACUACCUGCUGGUUACUAGUCCAACACUCUAACCACUAGUCUACCCUGCCGCCCCUCCACUCUAACCACUAGUCUACCCUGCCACCCCUCCACUCUAACCACUAGUCUACCCUGCCGCCCCUCCACUCUAACCACUAGUCUACCCUGCCACCCCUCCACUCUAACCACUAGGCUACCCUGCCACCCCUCCACUCUAACCACUAGUCUACCCUGCCACCCCUCCACUCUAACCACUAGGCUACCCUGCCACCCCUCCACUCUAACCACUAGGCUACCCUGCUGAUUGUGUUAUACUGCUACAU